CCCGGAUUUUUAUUUUCGCUUUUUCGGCCGGGAAGAGAGCAUGGCGACGCCCGGCGUCAUCAGCAAGCAAGGCGCCAAGGGCGAGGAGAGCGAGUCCAUGCCCAUCAACGUUGGGGACAUGGUCUGGGUCCCUGGCCACGACGCGGUGUGGGAGCUCGCGUCGGUCAUGGCCAUCGGCGGGCUCAAGGUGACGGUGCGCAACCACCACAACAAGGUCGCGCAGGUCGACCGCGGCCUCGCGCUGCCUCAGAACCCGCGCGUGACCGACGAUAUGACUGCGCUCUACUACAUCCACGAGCCGGGUGUUUUGCACAACCUCUCGGAGCGUUCGAAGCUCGACAACCAGCGCCCGUACACGUUUAUGGCCAACGUGCUCAUUGCGGUCAACCCGCUGCGCCCGCUGGCGGACCCGCGCGUCUCGGAGAUUGUCAACAACACGAGCUGCCCGCCGCACCCGUAUGCGAUUGCCGAGAUGGCCUACCAGCAAAUGGUCUACAACUCGACGCGCGAGAUGCCCACGAACCAGUCCGUUGUCAUUUCCGGCGAGUCGGGUGCCGGUAAGACCGAGUCGUCCAAGAUCGUGCUCAAGCACUUGACGACGCGCGGUGUCUUUGGCAAGAAGACGAACGCGGCCGAGGUCGAGACGUUUGUCAACAAGCGCCACGAGAACACCAACUCGCUCGACAACCGCCUCAUUGAGCAGAACCCGAUCCUCGAAGCCUUUGGUAACGCCAAGACGCUCCGCAACCACAACUCGAGUCGAUUUGGCAAGUUUAUGAAGCUCCAGUUCACGUCGGACGGCCUUUUCAAGCUCGCGGGGGCGUUCGUCGAGACGUACUUGCUCGAAAAGUCGCGCCUCGUGUACCAAGUCGAUGGCGAGCGCAACUUUCACAUUUUCUACCAGCUCCUCGCCGGCGCGUCGGCCGACCAGAAGCGCGACUUCCAGCUCACGCGCCCGGAAGACUACCACUACCUCAACCAGAGCAACUGCUACAAGGCCGAGGACACGGACGACAAGGCCAACUACGCGCACGUUGUCAACGGCCUCUCGUGCGUCGGCCUUCCGGACGCCAAGCAAAACACCAUUUUCUCGGUCGUCGCCGGUCUCUUGCACAUGGGCAACAUUGAGUUUGACGAAGAGGACACGCCGGAAGGCGAGGCUGCGAUCGUGCAGUCGACCGACGCGAUCAAGGCGCUUGCGCUCUCGGCCAAGCUCCUCGGCGUCGACGACAAGGCGCUGCUCAAGGUCAUCACCGAGCGCGAGAUUGUGACGCGCAACGAGCUCUUCAUCGCGCGCCGCAACGCGCAGAACGCCGUGUACGCGCGGGAUGCGAUCGCCAAGUCGGUCUACGGACGUCUCUUUGACUGGAUCAUCCAGCAAGUCAACAAGUCGCUGGGGCAGGACCCGGCGCCGCUGCCGUACAUUGGCGUGCUCGAUAUCUUUGGGUUCGAGUCGUUCCAGCGCAACGAUUUCGAGCAGCUUUUGAUCAACUACACGAACGAAGUGCUGCAGACGACGUUCAACAACCAAGUGUUUAUCGCGGAAAUGGAGCUCUACAAGCGCGAAGGCAUCUCGGUCGGCAAGAUUGACUGGCCGGACAACCGCGAAUGCGUCGAGCUCAUUGCCGGCAAGCCCUCGGGUAUCCUCCAGCUGCUCGACAACGAAGCCGCGAACCCCAAGCCGACGGACGCCAAGUUCCUCGCGAUGCUGCACCGCACGCACGACAAGAAUACGUUCUUUCCGCGCCCGCACCCGAAGGACUUGCAAGAGAUGUUCAUCGUGCGCCACUUCGCCGGCUGCGUCUCGUACACGGUCGGCGCGUUCAUUGACAAGAACAACGACACGAUCCCCAAGGACAUGGCGGACCUCUUUUUGAGCUCGUCGAUGCCGGAAGUGCGCGAGCUCUUUGACGAAGAGGCGAACGAGGUCGUCAAGCCCGGCAAGAAGAAGCUGCUCAAGAGCGUCGCCGCCAAGUUUUCCAAGCAGAUGCAGGAGCUGGUCGACACGCUCGACGCGACGCGCUGCAACUUUAUCCGGUGCAUCAAGCCCAAUGCGCUCAUGCGCGUCGGGCUCUUUGACCCGCGCUACGUGGUCGGCCAGCUGCGCUGCCAAGGCAUCAUGCAAACCGCCCAAGUGCUCAAGGUCGGCCUUCCGACCCGAGUCGCGUACUCGGAGCUCGUGAACGCGUACAAGAAGUUUAUGCCGCCGGACGCCCAGCGCCUCUUUGCGAACCAGAGUGACGCGACGCUCAUCACGGCGAUCCUCUGGGCGUUCCAAGUGCCGAUGGACUCGUACAAGCUCGGGAUCACCAAGCUCUUCUUCAAGGCCGGGAAAAUUGCGAUCCUCGACUCGAUUCUCAAGAUCAACUGGGCCGUCGAUGGCCCGCACAUUGUGGGCCGCAUGAAGCUCUGGCUUGCGCGCCGCCGGUGGCGCGUCGCGCUUGCGAAGGUGCUCGCGCAGCUCGAGCUCCGCCGCCUCUUGCGCAAGAUCCAGUUCCGCAAGGACAGCGUGCGCAAGAUUCAGAUUUGGUGGCGCGGCUUCAACGUGCGCCAUCAGUUUCUCAAGCAGAAGGCGUCGGCGAUCAUGAUCCAGGCGCACUUUCGCGGCCACAAGGGCCGCCAAAACUACAAGGCCAAGAAGCUCGAGAUGAUUGCGCUCGCCAACGCUCGAGCCGAAGAGAGCCGUCGCCAGGCCGAAGAAGCCAAGCGCCAGCAGGAAGCCGCACGCCGGGCGGCCGACGAAGCGCGCCGCACAGCCGACGCUGCUCUGCGCGAAGCCGAGCUCCGCGCUGUGGCCGAAGAAGAGCGCCGCCGCAUGGAAGACGAUGCCAAGCGUGCCGAAGCCGAGGCGAUUUCGCUUGCGCGCGCCGCCGAAGCGGCCGUGCGGGAAGCCGAGGUGGCGGCGGCCGAGGCCGCGGCUGCUGUCGAGCAGGAGCGCCAGGCCGAACGCCGCGCGAUGCAAGAAGCGCACGACCUUGAGCAGCGCAUGAUCCGCGAGCGCGAAGAGGCCAACAAGCGCAAGGAGCAAGCGCUGUUGGAUGCGGCCGCGCUGAGCGCAAGCCUCCUUGGCGGUCUCGCGACGGUCAACGCGAUGUCGUCGACGCAGGGCUGCAACGUCAACGUGGUCGACAUUCCGGACAACAUUUCGGAUGAGAACAAGGAGCAGCUCAAGCAGCUCAACGAACUCCUUCUGAGCGGCGCGAUCGACCAGUCAGAGUACGAAGAGCUGGUCCCGUUCCUUCUGGAGCCGCCGCAGCCGCCGCAGGGUCCGGUCAUGACGCCGGAAGAAGCCGAGUCGCUCCAGCGCCUCUACUCUGCGCAGGCGGCCGGUAUCCAGAUUCGGUGCCCGGCCUGCGGGUCGUCCAACAACACGGCCAACGGCAACAACUGCAUGGAGUGCGGCUCGAUGCUCACGGCUGCGAGUGGUCCGCGCUCGAGCGCGGCCGACCACCGCUACUAUGGCUACCGCACACGGUCCAUGUCGACGCUGGCGCUCUCGCAGCCGCCGGGCACGUUUAGCAUGGAAGGCACGCGCAUCCUGAUCCACGACGGCUACUUCCAGUGCGGUCUCCACGGCACGCAGAUGCUCCAGGACGAAAACUACGCCGAGUACACGGUGUACGUGUUGCGCUGCGGGUGGCAGCCCAAGGACGCGCCGCAGCCCACGUACUGGCUCGUCUCGCACCGUUUUAGCGUCUUCGAGAAGCUCCACAAGGACCUCAAGCACAAGAUCCCGCCGAACGUGGGCGCGCUCCCGCUCUUCCCGAAGAAGCACCGUCUCGGCGGCGUCUUUGCCGGCCGCACGGGCAACUCGAACGAAAUCGUCGAGGAGCGCAAGGCCGGUCUCGAGCGCUACAUGAAGGAAGUGCUCGACCUCUGCGCUCGCCUUCCCAACACGCUCGCGGUGCCGGAGCUCGACCGGUUCCUCAACCUCUCGCGCCAGGUCCAACAGAUCCAGCGCCAGAACGCGACGGUCAUGUCGUCGUCGGGUAUGUCGGGCGAAUACCCCGACUCACCGACCAACUCGAACGUCGUUGGCGCCGAGGCGCUUGCGGCCCGCGAACGCGCGCGCCUCCCGACCGAGCUGCCCACGCCGCUGGACGAAGAGGAGCUCAUGCAAACCGAGCAGGCGGUCGCUGUGCUCUUGGGUGCGAUCCGCAGCGCCCAGGGCGAUUUACGGCGCAACUCGGAGGUACAGCACUUGCUCAAGGUCUGCGUGCAGCUCCAGCCGCGCCUGCAAAUGUCGGCCAACCUCGACAACCCGUUUGCGAACGUCGAGCUCAUCCCGCGCGCGAUGCAGUGCCAAGAAGACUUGGAGAUGACCAUUGGACUGUACAAUGACUCGUUGCUCGCCGUCACGGAAACCUACACCAUCUCGGGCGCGCCCGCGCCGCCCGCGCCCUUUGUGCCGGGCCAAACCAACUCGUACCAACGGUCGUACGGGUACUAGGAACCCACCCCUUUGCAUCCCGCUCUUGUCUACGUUUUUAAUAUACGCAUGUAGCCUUUACUUCUCCA